AUGAAUCGAUACACUUGGUGGGAAAAUGUUGACGAAAACCAGAAUCGCUUUCAUACAUGGCGAAAGCUGUGGCUGAACCUCGCGAUUGCAGAGAAGGAACUGGGUCUUCAAAUAUCGGACGGAGCGAUUGAGGAAAUGAGGGCGAACCUUCAUCUUACACCAGAACAGUUCGAGACCGCUGCUCAAGAAGAGAAGAAACGUCGUCACGAUGUUAUGGCUCAUGUACACACUUUCGGCCAGGUUGCACCUGCAGCCGCCGGAAUUAUCCAUCUUGGAGCAACGUCGUGCUAUGUCACAGACAACGCGGACUUGAUUUUCAUUCGCGAGGCCCUUACACUGCUCUUGAAGAAGCUUGCAGUUGUGAUUGACCGUUUUUCGGCAUUUGCAGCGCAAUAUCGCGAUCUGCCGACGCUCGGUUUCACGCACUUCCAGCCUGCGCAGCUCACGACGGUUGGCAAAAGGACUACGUUAUGGCUCCAGGAACUUUUGUGGGACUUGCGAAACAUUAAACGUGCGAGGGAUGAUAUCGGAUUUCGAGGUGUUAAGGGGACUACUGGUACACAGGCUAGUUUCCUGACGCUGUUCGACGGAGACCAUGAUAAGGCGGGUAAUUUUGAAUCAAUCCUGCAAAUUAUAUUCUCACUUUCCGUUCAGGUUGAAGAGCUGGAUCGCCUCGUCACGUCACUGUCGGGCUUUGGCUAUGCUUAUCCGGUCACAUCUCAGACAUACUCGCGGAAGAUUGACGUGGACGUGCUUGCGCCAUUGGCGAGUUUUGGUGCCACUGCACACAAGCUUGCUACUGAUCUAAGACUGCUCGCAAAUCUGAAGGAAGUAGAAGAACCCUUCGAAUCCACCCAAAUCGGGUCUUCUGCGAUGGCUUACAAGCGCAAUCCCAUGCGGUCUGAGCGGAUAUGCAGUCUGGCUCGACAUCUUAUGGUCCUCCAACAAAAUGCCCUCAUGACGUCCAGCGUGCAGUGGUUUGAGCGCACUUUGGACGACAGCGCGAAUCGCCGCAUUACGCUCCCCGAAGCGUUCCUCACCGCCGACAUUGUGCUCACAACACUUCAGAAUGUGUCGGAGGGACUUGUCGUAUAUCCAAAGGUCAUAGCGCGGCGAAUCUCGCAGGAGCUCCCCUUCAUGGCCACCGAGAACAUCAUCAUGGCGAUGGUCAAGCAAGGGGGCGAUCGCCAAGAGGCCCACGAGAAGAUUAGGGUACUUUCGCAUGAGGCGGCGCAUCAGGUGAAGGCGCUUGGGCUCGAGAACGACUUGAUUGCACGCGUGCGCGCCGAUCCUUACUUCGACCUUAUCAAGUCGCAGCUGGACGAGUUGCUCGAUCCGAAGAGCUUCAUCGGGCGUGCACCAGAGCAGGUAGACAAGUUCCUCAAGGAGUGGGUCCAGCCUGCGUUGGAUGACCAAGAGUUGAAGGCCAGUAUACAAAAGGGUGAUAAAGCGGAGUUGAACGUGUAG